CUCCGGGCUGAGGCGGUGGCAGCUCCUCCGGCUCCAUCAUGUCCGCGGGCCGAGACUUCGGGAAUCCGCUGAGGAAAUUCAAGCUGGUGUUCCUAGGAGAGCAGAGCGUUGGAAAAACAUCCUUGAUCACCAGAUUCAUGUAUGACAGUUUUGACAACACUUAUCAGGCAACAAUUGGCAUUGACUUUUUAUCAAAAACCAUGUACUUGGAGGAUCGAACAGUACGAUUGCAAUUAUGGGACACAGCAGGUCAAGAGCGGUUCAGGAGCUUGAUUCCUAGCUACAUUCAUGACUCCACUGUGGCAGUUGUUGUUUAUGAUAUCACAAAUGUUAACUCAUUCCAGCAAACUACAAAAUGGAUUGAUGAUGUCAGAACAGAAAGAGGAAGUGAUGUUAUCAUCAUGCUAGUAGGAAAUAAAACAGAUCUUGCUGACAAGAGGCAAGUUUCAAUUGAGGAAGGAGAGAGGAAAGCCAAAGAACUGAAUGUUAUGUUCAUUGAAACCAGUGCAAAAGCAGGAUACAACGUAAAGCAGCUCUUACGUGUAGCAGCGGCUUUACCUGGAAUGGAAAGCACACAGGACAGAAGCAGAGAAGACAUGAUUGACAUUAAACUGGAAAAGCUUCAGGAACAACCAGUCAGUGAAGGAGGCUGUUCCUGCUAAUCCCUCAUGGCAUCUUCAACCCUUCUCCAGAAGCUCACUGCUUUGGCUCCCGUACUCUUUCAUUGACUGCAGUGUGAAUAUUGGCUUGAACCUUUUCCCUUCAGUAAUAACGUAUUGCAAUUCAUCAUUGCUGCCUGUCUCGUGGAGAUGAUCUAUUAGCUUCACAAGCACAAAAAAGUCAGUGUCUUCAUUAUUUAUAUUUUACAAAAAGCCAAAAGAUUCCAGCAUAUUCCAGUGAUAACCUUAAAGAUCAGAUAUAUUUUCUUAACAUUUUUCUUUUUUUAAUGUUAUGAUAAUGUACUUAAAAAUGAUGGAAAUCUCAACAAUAUGAGCAUGGCUUGGUUAAGGAGCAGUAUGUUCUCAGCAGCAUUUACCUACCUACUUGAUCUUUCCCUGCUUUUCUCACCUCUCUCUUAUCUGCAUUCCCUAUUCUCACCCUCCCACAAAGCAAACAGGAGGUGGCAAUGCAGCAAACCCAUUGGAAUUAUCUUUCAGUUUUAUAUAUAGCCACUUGCUCUAGGCCAAGAUGUCCAAAAUUAUUCUUGAGCACUGAUAUAAAUUACUUAGACCUUCUUUGAGAUCAAAACUUAGCCAUCAUGGUGGGCAAUGCUUAAAUGAGGAAAGGGUUCUGGUGUGUCCUCAAAAUGAGUCCUAAUGAACAUACUGAGUACUUACAAGUAGAUGAGCAUAAAAUUUAUUUUUGACCAAGACAAAUGACCCUUUCACAUGUACUUUAUUAGACUCUGGGAGAAAAAAAAUAACCAAAUGCUUCAGAAC